UGUCAUACAGUCAACCGUAUUAUAGCGACUCACCGUGAAGGCUGUCUCAAGCGGCAUUCGCUCUUUCUGUGCCUUGCGCUCGGAAAAAAGGUGCUCUUCAGCUCCCAACUCAUUCAUAACAUAAUACUGUUACUGAACCUACGAGGCAACCCGAGACUUGCUCUGAUACGUGCGCAGAACGACUCCUGAUGUCGCGUUGUUCGUCGUCGCUCGUGCGCGCGGCGUCAGCAUCAUGCCAGUGGUUGCUAUCGGGCAGCUUAGCGAGUGCGUCUGCAGCGUCAGCGCCAUCUUCACUUGUAGCAAGGUCCUUCGGCGGGGUGCGGGGUCUCGCCACCAAGCUGGCUGUGGUGCCACGUGAGGAGCCGCAGGUGGCCCUCAACACAGCAGGGCUUCCCCCGCCGUGGGUCCCGCCGCCCAACAACCCGCAGUCCCUGCAGCCCCGAGCCCGGCCCUCUCCUCAGGAAGUGCUUGCAAGCAUCCGGCAGGCCGCAACCCCCUUGGACGUGCACAACGCCUACCGCCGCCGGCCCAGCCACUUACCGCCCGCAGUCGCCGCCGCCAAGUUCUCACGCCUGUCGGAACUGCUGCUUGCGGACCCCGCCUGCCUUGCCUUCACCUCCGCAGCCUCCUUCGCAGGCCAGCAGCCGCAGCAGCCGCCCGCGCCUCCGGCCACGGGCGCCCGCAGGCUGCGUGAGCCGACCCAACUCAAGGCGCGCGUGCCUGGCCUGGCGCAGGUGCUGCGGGAGAUCGGCGCCUCCUGGGACGUCUUCCUGCACCUGUAUGGAGCCAGGCAGCUGGCGGCGUGCGUGCGCGCCGCCGCAGAGACCGGCCUGAUCCUGAGCAGGCGCGAGUGGGGGCCCGCCGCCACGGCCUCGGCCGAGACGGGGGCGGAGUCAGGCGGCAGCGCGAGCAGUGGCAGCAGUGGCGGCAGCGGGAGCGCGUCGCCUGCGGCAUCGGCAGCGGGGGCGGGACCGGCGGCGGGGAGCAGGAGCGGCGGCGAGGGCCGGGGGCUGCUGCAGCGCAGUCUGGAUGUGCUGCUGGACCGCGGUGGCCAGGAGCUGGCGGCUGCGGGGCCGCAGGCGGUGCUGGACCUGUCGCACGGGCUGAUGCUGCUGGGACACGUGCGGCCCGACACGUGGCGGGUGGUGCGGCCGCUGCUGGGCAAGGUGGCGGCGGCGGGUGGCGCCGACAAGGAGCGGGCGGCGGCGGUUUUGGAGUGGCUGCAGGCGGCGGAUGUCAAGGCCUGACGGGUCGAUGGGCGAUGUAGGGAUGAAUGGGCUGAUGAGGCUUUGAUGAUGCACGGGUCUCGUUGCAUGGUCCGAAAGUGCGUGUUGCGGAUCCGGGUGCCCGUGUGUGUG